AUGUCCACCGAUGGCGGGAUCCCUAAAGUCGUCGUCGAGGAUCUGCCAUCUCCCCUCUUUUCCGACUCCUUUCUCUUCACCCGUCUUCAUGGAAUCAUACCUUCCCGCCCCGCCACGCCCUCACGCCAACGCCGCGACUCGGCGGUCAAACCACCCGCUCCGCCCACCCCCACCCAGACGACCGCCAAAUCCUUCCAGAAUGUCUUCACCGACGCGCCCUUACCACAACCGCGCGAGAAGACCGCACCACCACCACCGCAGAUGCCCCCGCGUCGUGCACCACCUCCACCGCCCAAGGCGCUCAAGGUCAGGGUGCUCACAUGGAACAUGCACAAUGGUCUGCCCAAGGGCGACCUCGCGGAGAUCCUCGGAGACGUGCCCCCAUAUACGCCAUACUCAACCCAGAACGAGGCCGGCCAGCCGACGUUCCCCCAACUGCCAAGCGAUAAUACUCACCCUUACCAUAUCGUCGUGGUGGCCGGACAGGAGUGUCCGUCGGCGUCGAAAAUGCCCAUGGCACUCGGCGCUGGCUUUCGCUUCAACUCAGACAAGGAUAGCGCGCUCCGCGUCGCACGAUCAGACACCGAAUCCCACAUAUCCAUGCACUCGCGCAAGUCGCAAAAGUACCUGUCUAUAUCACCUGAAGACGAAUUGAGCGGCACGACGGCGGGAUGGACGUCCAUGCUAGACGACUGGCUCUGCACUGGGCAUUCUUCGGAAGCGUCGCUGCGCAAGUCUCCGAGCACGUCGAGCAUCAAUCGCCUCUCACACAAGCCAUCGCAUUCCCCACGCCCCCUCCUUCGAAGACGUAGAUCAUCAGAACCGAUGCCCGCAAAGAUGGCCGCACAAACGCGUGGACCCUACGUGCUUCUGCAGAAGGAGCGCAUGAUGGGGAUAUACCUGGCGGUGUAUGUCCAUCGUGACUUGUAUCCCUUCGUCCGCGGCUGCUCUAAGUCCGCCGUAACGGCGGGCUUGAUUGGCGGCCGCGUUGGGAACAAGGGUGGCGUAGGCAUCAGCGUGAACGUCGAUGGCACGUCCCUGCUCUUUCUCAAUGCGCACUUGGCGGCGCACGAAGGGAAGAUGCACCAUCGGCUGGCGAACUUGGCCAAGAUCAAGAGUGAACUCGCUGUGGAUGACUUCUUGAAACCGGACGAUCCGCGUGUCAUGUCGGAAGACCUUACUGACAAGUUUGAUUUCUGCUUCCUCUUUGGCGACCUCAACUUCCGCCUUAACAUAUCCCGUCUACAUGCGGACUGGUUGAUAUCGAGGAAAGAGUACGCGCAGGCGCUCGCCUUCGACCAGCUACGUCGCAUUAUGCAGACAGGACACGCCUUCGUCGGCUUCAGUGAGGGCGCCAUCAACUUCCCGCCGACCUUCAAGUACGACGUUCUCCGUACUCUGAAGCGGUCGAAGACCGGCAGCCAUCCUGGGCUCGAGCGCGCGAAGACAACGGGUCAGGCGAAGUCGAAGGCCGACAAGUGGGUCGGACCGGAAAGGCGGCGCCAGCUGACCGAGGUCGAAGAGACGGCUAUCGAAGCGGAGCGGGAUAGUCGGGAAGAUGACAACGAGCAGGACGAUGACGAUGACGACGAUGAGGACGAGGAUGUCAUCUCCGUCAGGGCGCCGUCUAUGGCGAGCUCGAUGUGGAUGUCCGUCUUGUCGUCGAAGCAGCUCACCGUCGACACUUCGACGGAGGCGCCUGCUCCCCCGCCGAAGCUGCAGACGCCCUCGGCGUCGAAGAGCACACAUUCACUCCACGCGGGCAUCCACAAGAGCAAGAAGCGGUUGACUGCGCUGUUCUCGCCUGCGAGCCCUCUGAGCCCGUCCCGAUGGUCCCGGUCGCGCAAUUCUUUUGGUCCGGAGCCGACGACGCCUGUCACGCCGACGAGCUACGAGUGCGAUGAGGCGGCGGGGCGCUCGAAGAAGACGUCGACGAAGUCUACCGUUAGCAGUAGCGAUCCAGAUGAGGACGACUGCGAUAAGGGCGUGUACGACUCUUCGUCGAAGCAGCGUGUACCGAGUUGGUGCGAUCGCAUACUGUGGAAGUCCACUGUCCUUCCAGAUCCGGACCCCGAGGAAGAACCCGAGUAUACGAGCCGACGUACACGUGUUGGGCAGUUCCUCGCGAAUGCUUUCCGCUUCUCGUCACGGUCGCGUCGCGGAUCUGUCAGCUCGCUCGCCACCGCCACUGGUGUCAUACCUAUCACGACCGGGAACGCUUCUGCCAACACCACACCGACGGAGCAAUCCCUACAGUCACCAUUGUUCUCGCAUGUCGACUACACCGGACCGCAGUCGCCCAUGUUGGUGCAGACUCCGACGGCGCAGACUGUGAUUGCCCGCCAGCUCGACAUCCCGCGGACGACGUCGCCUCCGCCGUUGCGCAAUGUGCGCUCGUCAGAUAAUGUCCUUGGAGCGAGGCUCGCGCAUGAGCGGCGCAGCAAUCUGCGACGGUCGUUCUCCGCCAGCUCGUCGAAAGCACCAACUGCGCGUCGUGCGUCGGGAUCCGUUGACCUAUCGUCGCCCCGGUCAUCCGAUGUCUCUUCCUCCCAUUCACCAGACUGGACCUAUCCGCCCUCACCUCUGUCCCCAUCCGCCAACCCCGUGUCCCCGAAUCCCCUGCAAGCACCUGCUCCGUCGCGCUGGCGUUUCUUUACGAAUAUGUUCCACGAUCUCGGCUCCUCGUCCUCGGAACCGCCGCCGCCUACGCCAGAUGCGUCGCCACCUCUGCCACCGCCUCGGAAGGGCGAUGUCGUGUGCAUGAGCUAUCGGACGCUGGACGAUAAGCAGAUGCGCAAUCUGGAGGGCCGCAGCGAUCACAGGCCCGUCAUUGGCACGUAUGCCGUGUACUGUUAG